UUGUCAUCCGUGUUACAAAGUAACGCGAAAAAAUGGCAGCCAGUAUUGCCGGUGUAUUUGAAGAGAAUCUAAAAUCUGCUGUUGAAACCGCCAAAGUUUUGGUUGUGGGUGCGGGAGGUAUUGGCUGUGAACUUCUGAAGAAUCUUGUGCUCUCAGGUUUCAAGGAUAUAGAAAUUAUUGAUUUGGAUACCAUUGAUGUGAGCAAUUUAAAUCGCCAAUUUCUGUUUCAUAAGCAGCAUGUUGGAAAAUCCAAAGCAGCAGUUGCACGGGAAAGUGCACUGACAUUUAAUCCUAAUGCAUGUAUCAAAGCAUAUCAUGACAGUAUAACAUCCUCUGAAUAUGGGGUGAGUUUCUUCAAGAGAUUUGCAUUGGUGAUGAAUGCCCUGGACAAUCGUGCUGCUCGGAACCAUGUCAACCGAAUGUGUUUAGCAGCUGAUGUGCCUUUGGUUGAGAGUGGGACAGCAGGUUAUGAUGGUCAAGUCGAGUUAAUAAAGAAAGGUCUGACGCAGUGUUAUGAAUGUCAGCCAAAAGCAGCUCAGAAAACAUUUCCAGGGUGUACCAUUCGCAAUACACCCUCCGAGCCCAUUCACUGCAUUGUAUGGGCAAAACAUCUGUUUAAUCAGCUGUUUGGAGAAGAUGAUCCUGAUGAAGAUGUGUCACCUGAUAUGGCAGAUCCAGAAGCUGCAGGUGGUGCAGGUGAUGCUCUUAAGGUUGCAUCAAAUGAGAAAGGCAAUGUGGAGCGUGUGUCAACACGUAGUUGGUCACAGUCUUGCAAAUAUGAGCCAGAGAAACUCUUUCACAAGUUGUUUCAUGAUGACAUCAAAUACUUACUCAGUAUGGAUAACUUGUGGAAGAAAAGAAGACCUCCAACGCCUCUUCUUUGGGGAAAUCUUCCAGAUGCUGUUGCAGGCUGCAGCAGAAAUGAUAUAGAGAGUGUAUUGAAAGAUCAGAAAAACUGGAGUAUUGCUGAGUGUGCCCAGAUAUUCGCUGACAGCUGCAGAAAUCUCAAGAAUCAGUUUGAGUCAUUGAAGGAUGAUGAUCACUUAGUUUGGGAUAAGGAUGACAAGAAUGCAAUGGACUUUGUUGCAUCGUGUGCAAAUAUACGAGCUUACAUAUUUGGGAUUUCUCAGAAAACACGUUUUGAUGUUAAAUCUAUGGCCGGCAACAUCAUCCCUGCUAUUGCGACUACAAAUGCUAUUAUAGCUGGUGUUGUGGUGCUGCAUGCCUUCAACAUAUUGCAGAAUAAUUUGGAAAGUUGUCAGACAGUAUACUUGAGGCCCAAACCCACCCACCGAAACCAACUGAUUGUGCCAGAAAAGUUUCUGAAUCCUCCAAAUCCAAAAUGCUAUGUCUGUUCUCCAAAACCUCAGGUUACUCUCUGUGUUGAUGUAAACUCCAUGACAGUAAAGGAUUUAGAGGAGCAGGUGUUGAAAAAGACACUCAAUAUGGUGGCUCCAGAUGUAAUUCUUGAUGGAAAGGGAACUGUUAUCAUUUCUAGUGAAGAAGGUGAAACUACAGAGAAUAAUCUAAAGAAGCUUGAAGAGCUUGGAAUUGUGGAUGGAAGUGUUUUGAAGGUGGAUGAUUUUCUUCAAAACUAUGAACUUAGCAUUACAAUUGUUCAAAGGUUAGUUCCAAAGGAUGGACCUGAUUUUGAUGUUGUUGCUGAUUCAUCCCAGCUAAAGCCAAAGGAAGAUAAAGCAGAAUCAUCUGGAGCUAAUGGUGCAUCAGAUCAAGAUGAUGAUUUAUUAGAAGUGGUGGAGGAACAAAAUCCCAAUUUCACAACUGCAGAUUCCAAAAAGAGAAAGACAGCUGGUGAAACAGAUGAUGGCAUUUCAAAGAAACAAAAGACUAAAGAUGUUGUUCUUGUUGUUAGAGGCGAGAUAUAAUUAUGGUCAGCACAUGUAUUGUCCUAGUUGAAGGGUUAAAAUAAAAUUUACCUGUAAUAUUCAUCAAUAUGCGUCCUAUUAGCAAGGUGGCUAAAUAAUGCAAUCCAUGAGGUAGAUGCUACCUUGUGAAUCCAACAGUACAGCAGUUUGUGUUCGUGAUUUACCAGGAAGUGACGUCUUUGCGGUAGCCUCAAAUCAACCUUGACUUGUGAGCAGAUAUUUUUUGUUUCCUCAGGGUGGAAAGUCUGUGCUGUCUUAAAAAGAAGACAAAGUUUCAUUUCUUUGAUGAUAUGCAUUCAUCCUUUCAUGAAUUUUUAAUUUCUGUGAAUGUAUAAUAAAGUUUUUUUAAAAUAAGGUGUUUGAUAUGUGUUUUGUGUACUGUCUUAAAAUUAAGACAAAGUUUCUUUGCUUUGAUGAUUUACAUUAAUUUUUUAAUUAAUUUUAAAUACCUGUGAAUAUGUAAUAAAGUUUUUAAGGUAUUUGAUAUGUAUUUUGUACACUGAUACAGUUUUCACAUAUUUGGUGCCAGAAUUGUCUAAUAUGGAUAUAGUGUUAAAACAAAAUAUGUUAUCUGUGCAUGGUGGCAAACUAAUGGUAAUGAUUUUUGUAGCAUUAGUGAUGAAUGAUAAUUGUUAGCUUCUGCAGAGACUGAGUAAGUUAAUUGAAAUAUAGGAGGUACCUUUUAAAGGUGCUACACAUAUGCACAUAGUUAAGGAAAACUUGAAUUGGCACAGGUACCAGUAUUGGCAUGUUUGGCAUGAAUACAUUCUUGCCCACUUCUAUUGUUUGUAGAGAAUUACACUGAUAUAGGAGUGUUCAAGUAGAAUAUUUCUGUGGUAGUGAUUACAUAAGAGCUCUGUUUGUGGAUACCCCACUCUGUGAUGCCUGUCAUCACUUCUCUGCAAAAUGAGUGCCACAGAAAAGAUUAGCUGAGACAGUCACAUGACUGAAUUAAGGAAUAUGUUCUGUGGUGUGUCAGUGAGUGAUACAGGUAUGUUAUAGAGAAGGUUUACUGAGGUAGAAUUAUUAAUGCCAGACUCUUACUGGGUCUGCCUAAUCGUCCUCCUAGCUGCCAGUCAUACAAGCAAAAAUUAAUUUGUUUUGUGAUGCUAAUAUAAUAGAUGCAGUGGGUAGAACCAUCAUCAAGUCAGUAUCUCUCAUUUCUUCUGCUUGUUUUGUUUUCUUAAUAGCCCUUGUAUGCAGCUGCAGCACCAUUAGAAAGCACUUCAAGAUCAGAAUUCCUAAUUGGUUGAUUCCCAUAUUGUAUAUAUGUUGUUAGCUUUCAUGUGUUGGCUGCAAAAGCAAACAGAAUGGAUGUGUAAUAGGGAGAUCAUGUUUUCUUAUCCAUUGAUUCAUCUUGGAAUUACUCAUUGGUUUUCAAUUAACUUUGUUAUUUAGGGGUUUAUUUUCUGUAACUUAAAUUUUGGUUUGUGUAAGUCAUAUUGGUCAUAUUUUGCAUGAAAUUGUAAUCACUCUUUGCAAAAGAGUUUGUGAACUGUCUCAGAGAUGUUAAAUAUUUUCAUUAUAUUCUCUUAUCAGAUUUGUAAGUGAAAGGCUGCAAGAGAAUACUGUAUGCUGAAGUUGAUGAAUAUGAAUAACUUAUGUCAAAAUAUUUAUAUUAUUAAGGAAAGUGACAAAUUUACAAGAUUCAUGUUAUAUUGCAGCUAUGGCCAAAAUCUGAUUAAAAUAUAAUUUAUGACAAUAAUAAUAAAAAUUUAAAUUGCUCAUGCAGGCAAUCA